AUGAAGCUCGCCAGACCAGCCGUCGCCCGCACCGCCCUGCGCCCCGCGCUGCCGCAGUCAUCCCGUGUGCUGCCAGCUCAAACUCGACUCGCAAGCACCGACCCGCAGAGUGAAGUCGGGGACAAGGGAACAGCCAAGGUGUACAACAAGGACGGCACAAAUCCCAACAAGAAUCUCAUUUACCUCGGUGUCGGCGCACUCGGUCUCGGAGGACUCUACGCUAUGUUCAUGGCCAAGCCGGAGAAGGUGGCUGCGACCGCGCAGAAAGCGGAUCCGGAGGGGACUGCCAGGCAAAGAACGCCGGGCUCAGCGGCAUCUCGUUGA